AGCAAACCAUCUGGGCGGCCGGGAGCCAUGUUGGAACGGCAGGAGGCGGCGGCGGCGGCGGGGAUGCUGUGGUGGGGGCGGCAGAAGCCGGGGCCACGCACCAAAGGGGCUCUGGCCGCGGAGUAGAUGGUGCCCAGAGGGCGGCGGCGGCGCGGAGCGACAGGCCGAGGGGCGGAGGGCCGGGGUGGCGGCAGCGGUCCCGGAGGGGGCCCGAGCGGCGGGGGGGGGCCCACGGCCCAGGCCGGGGCGGGGACCGGCAGAGGCCUUGUGGGGAGGCAGGGGGUGAUGGCGAGGCGGCCGCCGUGGCGAGAUCUCGGGGGGCCGCCGACCCCGCUCCUCCCUCUCCUCCUCCUCCUCUCUUUGUUCCCCCUCAACCGAGGGGAGCUUGGGGACGGCGGGGGCCAGGGUUGGGGCCCGGGGGCAGCUGCUGCUACGGGGCCCUGGGCACGGAGCGGCGGCGGCGCCUUAGCUCUUUGUCCCGAGACGCCCAAAGUCCGAGAGGAUGAGGAGCUUGGCCUGGAAGCCAGGGGGCCCGUCUUCGUGGGGCUCCGAGGGGGAAGGCCAAACCUCCGGAGCGGUCGAGGGCUCCUUGAACGGCCAGACGCGGUGCUGGAGGCUGAGCAUAAGGCCCAGGCAUUGGAUGGCCGCGGGCGAGAGACAGGACAGGCACCAGAGUCUCUGUUAUGCUGGCGCCCGGAGGUUUCUUGUAGCGGGAAGAGAGGACCCGUGCAGGGAGACGGGUUGUCGCCGGAACCUCUGUCUCCAGGAGUGCUGGGCCCGAGGGACAGCUCGCCCCUCCCUUUGGACCUUCUGACUCGGGCCCCUGGCCCCAGGCCUGUAUCAUUCCAACGGAACUCUGGGAGAGGUGCCCGCAAAAGGGUGGGAACCGCGCACUGCUGCGGAGAAUUGGGGGCGCCAGGGCUCCGGGAUCAGAGCGAGAGUGCUGCAACAUUCCGAGCAGAGAGGACAGCCUCCCGGCCGGACUGUCCUACCCAAGCUACGGGGUCUGGUCUCGGGCUAGAUUCAGCACCACGCACGAUCAGGACAGCUCCCGCGCCGGGUUCAGCACCUCUGGAGUCUCGGACAGCUCCUGAGUUUCUGCCCCAGCGCAUGCGCCCCCGCAGUCUCCUCCGCCGCCGCUUUCUCCCGCAACGUCCCGGGCCGCGCCCGCCGGGGGUCGAGGCCAGGCCAGGAGCCUGGAGAAUCCUCCCAGCCAGUCGGGCACGCCCCCGUCGCGCCGCAAACCGCCACCCUCAGUUUCCUCAGUACAACUACCAGGCACUGGUGCCCGAGAAUCAAGCGGCCGGCACCGCGGUACUACGCGUGGUGGCGCAGGACCCGGACGCGGGCGAGGCUGGGCGCCUAGUCUAUUCUCUGGCAGCGCUCAUGAACAGCCGCUCUCUGGAGCUGUUCAGCAUCGAUCCGCACAGCGGCCUCAUCCGCACUGCAGCCGCGCUGGACCGCGAAAGCAUGGAACGCCACUACCUGCGCGUUACGGCGCAGGACCACGGCUCGCCGCGCCUUUCGGCUACCACCAUGGUGGCUGUAACAGUGGCUGACCGUAACGACCACGCGCCGGUGUUUGAGCAGGCGCAGUACCGAGAAACCCUUCGUGAGAACGUGGAGGAGGGCUACCCCAUCCUGCAGUUGCGUGCCACAGACGGCGACGCGCCUCCCAACGCCAACCUGCGCUAUCGUUUCGUGGGGCCGCCGGCAGCGCGCGCCGCUGCCGCAGCAGCCUUUGAGAUAGACCCGCGUUCCGGCCUCAUCAGCACCAGCGGCAGUGUGGACCGCGAGCACAUGGAGAGCUAUGAGCUGGUGGUGGAAGCCAGUGACCAGGGCCAGGAGCCCGGGCCACGCUCGGCCACCGUGCGUGUGCACAUAACAGUACUGGACGAGAACGACAACGCCCCCCAGUUCAGUGAGAAGCGCUAUGUGGCUCAGGUGCGCGAGGAUGUGCGCCCCCACACGGUGGUGCUGCGCGUCACAGCCACCGACCGGGAUAAGGACGCCAAUGGACUGGUGCACUACAACAUCAUCAGCGGCAACAGCCGUGGCCACUUCGCCAUCGACGGCCUAACUGGCGAGAUUCAGGUUGUGGCGCCUCUGGAUUUUGAGGCGGAACGAGAGUAUGCCUUGCGUAUCCGUGCACAGGACGCUGGUCGGCCACCAUUGUCCAACAAUACAGGCCUGGCCAGCAUCCAGGUGGUGGACAUCAAUGACCAUACGCCUAUCUUUGUCAGCACACCCUUUCAGGUGUCCGUCCUGGAGAACGCGCCCCUGGGCCACUCUGUCAUCCACAUUCAGGCAGUGGAUGCCGACCACGGGGAGAACUCCCGAUUAGAGUAUUCCUUAUCUGGUAUGGCACCUGACACACCCUUUGUGAUAAACAGUGCCACUGGCUGGGUCUCUGUGAGCGGCCCCCUGGACCGUGAGUCUGUAGAACAUUACUUCUUUGGUGUGGAGGCACGAGACCAUGGCUCACCUUCACUCUCUGCCUCAGCUAGUGUCACAGUGACUGUGUUGGAUGUUAAUGACAACCGGCCUGAGUUCACCAUGAAAGAAUACCACUUACGACUGAAUGAGGAUGCAGCUGUGGGCACCAGUGUGGUCAGUGUGACCGCUGUAGACCGUGAUGCCAACAGUGCCAUCAGCUACCAGAUUACAGGUGGCAACACCCGGAACCGCUUUGCCAUCAGCACCCAAGGGGGUGUGGGUCUGGUGACACUGGCUCUGCCACUUGACUAUAAGCAGGAACGCUACUUCAAGCUGGUGUUAACUGCAUCUGACCGUGCCCUUCAUGAUCACUGCUAUGUGCACAUCAACAUCACAGAUGCCAACACUCACCGGCCUGUCUUUCAAAGUGCCCACUACUCAGUGAGUGUAAAUGAGGACCGGCCAGUGGGUAGCACCGUGGUGGUCAUCAGUGCCUCUGAUGAUGAUGUGGGUGAGAAUGCUCGUAUCACCUAUCUCCUGGAGGACAACCUGCCCCAGUUCCGCAUUGAUGAAGACUCAGGGGCCAUUACACUACAGGCUCCCCUGGACUAUGAGGACCAGGUGACCUACACACUGGCCAUUACAGCUCGGGACAAUGGCAUUCCACAGAAGGCAGAUACCACUUAUGUGGAGGUGAUGGUCAAUGAUGUGAAUGACAAUGCUCCACAAUUUGUGGCCUCCCACUACCCAGGGCUGGUCUCUGAGGAUGCUCCACCUUUCACCAGUGUCCUGCAGAUCUCAGCCACUGACCGAGAUGCUCAUGCCAAUGGCCGGGUCCAGUACACUUUCCAGAAUGGGGAAGAUGGGGAUGGAGAUUUUACCAUUGAGCCCACUUCUGGCAUUGUCCGCACAGUCAGGCGGCUGGACCGGGAGGCCAUACCAGUGUAUGAGCUGACUGCCUAUGCAGUGGACCGUGGUGUUCCUCCACUACGGACUCCAGUCAGCAUACAGGUGACAGUACAAGAUGUGAAUGACAACGCACCCGUCUUCCCAGCUGAGGAGUUUGAGGUGCGGGUGAAGGAGAACAGUGUUGUAGGCUCAGUGGUGGCCCAGAUCACUGCAGUAGACCCUGAUGAAGGCCCCAAUGCCCACAUCAUGUACCAGAUCGUGGAGGGGAAUAUCCCUGAGCUGUUCCAAAUGGACAUCUUCUCUGGAGAGCUGACAGCUCUCAUUGACCUGGACUAUGAGGCUCGACAGGAAUACAUGAUUGUGGUGCAGGCCACAUCUGCCCCUCUGGUCAGCCGGGCCACUGUGCAUGUCCGCCUGGUUGACCAGAAUGACAACAGCCCUGUGCUCAAUAACUUCCAGAUCCUCUUCAACAACUAUGUAUCCAACCAUUCAGAUACUUUUCCCUCAGGCAUCAUUGGGCGCAUCCCUGCUUAUGAUCCUGAUGUCUCUGACCACCUCUUCUACUCCUUUGAGCGUGGCAAUGAGCUGCAGCUGCUGGUGGUCAACCAGACCAGUGGGGAGCUGAGACUCAGCCGAAAGCUGGACAACAACCGCCCACUGGUGGCCUCCAUGUUGGUGACUGUCACAGAUGGCCUGCACAGUGUGACAGCUCAGUGCGUGCUGCGUGUGGUUAUCAUCACGGAGGAGUUGCUGGCCAAUAGCCUGACCGUGCGCCUCGAAAACAUGUGGCAGGAGCGCUUCCUGUCACCGCUGCUGGGCCACUUCCUCGAAGGUGUGGCCGCGGUUCUCGCUACGCCCGCCGAGGACGUCUUCAUUUUCAACAUCCAAAAUGACACGGACGUGGGGGGUACCGUGCUCAACGUGAGCUUCUCAGCACUGGCGCCGCGCGGAGUCGGGGCGGGCGCUGCAGGGCCCUGGUUUAGCUCCGAGGAGCUGCAGGAGCAACUGUACGUGCGCCGCGCCGCGCUUGCCGCCCGCUCACUGCUCGACGUUCUGCCCUUCGACGACAACGUGUGCCUGCGCGAGCCCUGUGAGAACUACAUGAAAUGCGUGUCCGUGCUGCGGUUUGACUCGUCCGCUCCCUUUUUGGCCUCGGCCUCCACGCUCUUCCGCCCCAUCCAGCCCAUCGCUGGCCUGCGUUGCCGCUGCCCUCCUGGCUUCACUGGAGACUUCUGCGAGACUGAACUUGAUCUCUGCUAUUCAAACCCUUGCCGCAACGGUGGCGCCUGCGCGCGGCGCGAGGGUGGCUACACUUGCGUCUGCCGCCCGCGCUUCACGGGAGAAGACUGCGAGCUGGACACCGAGGCCGGACGCUGCGUGCCGGGGGUCUGCCGCAACGGGGGCACCUGCGCCGACGCGCCUGACGGCGGCUUCCGCUGCCAGUGCCCCGCAGGUGGCGCCUUUGAGGGCCCGCGAUGCGAGGUGGCGGCUCGCUCCUUUCCACCCAGUUCCUUCGUCAUGUUUCGCGGCCUACGGCAGCGCUUCCACCUCACGCUGUCCCUCUCGUUCGCGACGGUGCAGCCAAGCGGGCUACUUUUCUACAAUGGUCGCCUAAACGAGAAGCACGACUUCUUGGCCCUGGAGCUCGUAGCUGGGCAAGUGCGGCUCACAUAUUCCACGGGCGAGUCCAGCACAGUGGUCAGCCCCACAAUCCCAGGAGGCCUGAGUGAUGGCCAGUGGCACACAGUGCAUCUGAGAUACUACAACAAGCCCCGGACAGAUGCCCUGGGGGGUGCUCAGGGUCCCUCCAAGGACAAGGUGGCUGUGCUGAGCGUGGAUGACUGUGACGUGGCUGUGGCCCUGCAGUUUGGGGCUGAUAUUGGCAACUACUCCUGCGCAGCUGCUGGUGUGCAGACAAGCUCCAAGAAGUCUCUGGACCUGACGGGGCCCUUGCUCCUGGGGGGUGUCCCCAACCUCCCCGAGAACUUCCCCGUGUCCCACAAGGACUUUGUCGGCUGUAUGAGAAACCUGCACAUUGAUGGCCGCCAAGUGGACAUGGCGGCCUUCGUGGCAAACAAUGGCACCACAGCAGGCUGCCAGGCCAAGCUGCAGUUUUGCAACUCAAACCCUUGCAAGAACGGCGGCCUCUGCUCAGAGCGCUGGGGUGGCUACAUCUGCGAUUGCCCUGUGGGCUUUGGUGGCAAAGACUGUCGGCUCACAAUGACUCAUCCUUACCAUUUCCGUGGCAAUGGUACAUUGAGCUGGGACUUUGGAGAUGAUGGAAAUGACAUGGCUGUGUCUGUGCCAUGGUACCUGGGGCUGGCGUUUCGGACACGGGCAACACAGGGGGUCCUGAUGCAAGUGGAGGCUGGGCCACACAGCACGCUCCUCUGCCAGCUGGAUCGAGGGUUGCUGUCUGUGACAGUGACCAGGGGCUUGGGCCGUUCUGCCCACCUCCUCCUGGACCAGGUGACUGUCAGUGAUGGCCGGUGGCAUGAUCUGCGGCUGGAGUUGCAAGAGGAACCAGGUGGCCGGCGGGGCCACCAUGUCCUUAUGGUCUCACUGGAUUUUAGCCUCUUCCAGGACACCAUGGCAGUGGGGAGUGAACUGCAGGGUCUGAAGGUAAAGCGACUGCACGUGGGAGGACUGCCCCCCAGCGGUGAGGAAGAGGUUCCUCAGGGUCUGGUCGGCUGUAUCCAGGGGGUAUGGCUCGGCUCCACGCCCUCAGGGUCUCCAGCCCUGCUCGCCCCUAGCCACCGAGUGAAUGUGGAACCUGGCUGUGUUGUGACCAACGCUUGUGCAUCUGGGCCCUGCCCACCCCACGCCGACUGCCGAGAUCUCUGGCAGACCUUUUCCUGCACCUGCUGGCCAGGUUACUACGGUCCAGGCUGUGUGGAUGCCUGUCUCUUGAACCCCUGCCAGAACCAGGGAUCAUGCCGGCACCUUCCAGGAGCUCCUCAUGGCUAUACCUGUGACUGUGCAGGUGGCUAUUUUGGGCACCACUGUGAGCACAGGAUGGACCAACAGUGCCCUCGGGGUUGGUGGGGGAGCCCAACCUGUGGCCCUUGCAACUGCGAUGUUCACAAGGGCUUUGACCCCAACUGCAAUAAGACGGACGGGCAGUGUCACUGCAAGGAGUUUCACUACAGACCUCGGGGCAGCGACUCAUGCCUCCCAUGUGACUGCUACCCCGUGGGCUCCACCUCGCGCUCAUGUGCCCCUCACAGCGGGCAAUGUCCCUGUCGCCCAGGAGCCCUUGGCCGCCAGUGCAACAGCUGUGACAGUCCUUUUGCAGAGGUGACAGCCAGCGGCUGCCGGGUGCUCUAUGAUGCAUGUCCUAAGUCUCUGAGAGCUGGUGUGUGGUGGCCCCAGACCAAGUUUGGCGCCUUGGCUACAGUGCCUUGUCCCCGGGGGGCCCUGGGUGCUGCUGUGCGGCUGUGCGACGAGGACCAGGGCUGGCUGGAGCCCGACCUCUUCAACUGUACCUCUCCUGCCUUCCGAGAACUCAGCCUUCUGCUGGAUGGCCUAGAGCUGAAUAAGACAGCACUGGAUACCAUGGAGGCCAAGAAGCUGGCUCAGAGGCUGCGGGAAGUAACUGGCCACACUGAUCAUUACUUUAGCCAAGAUGUCCGAGUCACUGCCCGCCUGCUGGCCCAUCUCCUGGCAUUUGAGAGCCAUCAGCAGGGCUUUGGGCUGACAGCCACCCAGGAUGCUCAUUUCAACGAGAAUCUGCUAUGGGCUGGCUCUGCACUGCUUGCUCCAGAGACCGGAGAUUUGUGGGCGGCGCUGGGGCAGCGGGCCCCCGGGGGCUCCCCAGGCAGCGCAGGGCUGGUACGGCAUCUGGAGGAGUAUGCGGCCACACUCGCAAGGAAUAUGGAACUCACGUACCUGAAUCCCGUGGGGCUGGUGACGCCCAAUAUCAUGCUCAGCAUCGAUCGCAUGGAGCACCCCAGUCCAACCCGGGGGGCCCGUCGCUACCCCCGCUACCACAGCAACCUCUUCCGGGGCCAGGAUGCCUGGGACCCUCACACCCAUGUGCUGCUGCCUUCCCAGUCCCCACGGCCAUUCCCACCCGGAGUUCUGCCCUCCAGCAGCAACAGCACAGAAAAUGCCACUGCCUCAAGUGUGGCCCCCCCACUGGCCCCUCUGGAGCCCGAGCCCGAGCCUGGAAUCUCCAUUGUUAUCCUCCUUGUGUACCGCACCUUGGGAGGGCUACUGCCUGCUCAGUUCCAUGCGGAGCGCCGGGGUGCCAGGCUCCCCCAGAACCCUGUCAUGAACUCCCCGGUGGUCAGCGUGGCUGUGUUCCAUGGGCGCAACUUCCUAAAGGGUCUCCUGGAAUCUCCAAUCAGCCUUGAGUUCCGCCUGCUACAGACGGCAAAUCGGAGCAAGGCGAUCUGUGUGCAGUGGGACCCGCCUGGCCCGGCAGAACAGCGCGGCAUGUGGACAGCUCGGGACUGUGAGCUGGUGCACAGGAAUGGGUCCCAUGCACGGUGUCGCUGCAGUCGUACUGGCACCUUCGGAGUCCUCAUGGAUGCCUCUCCCCGUGAGCGCCUGGAGGGUGACCUGGAGCUGCUGGCUGUGUUCACCCAUGUGGUCAUGGCGGUGUCUGUAGCUGCGUUGCUGCUGACUGCAACCAUCCUGCUGAGCCUGCGCAGCCUCAAGUCCAACGUGCGUGGGAUCCAUGCCAAUGUGGCGGCUGCCCUGGGCAUAGCAGAGCUCCUUUUCCUGCUGGGGAUCCACAGGACACACAGCCAGCUGGUGUGCACUGCUGUGGCCAUCCUCCUGCACUACUUCUUCCUCAGCACAUUUGCGUGGCUCCUUGUGCAGGGGCUGCACCUCUACCGCAUGCAGGUUGAGCCACGCAACGUGGACCGUGGUGCCAUGCGCUUCUACCACGCCCUGGGCUGGGGUGUUCCUGCUGUGCUGCUGGGCCUCGCUGUUGGUCUAGACCCUGAGGGCUACGGGAACCCUGAUUUCUGCUGGAUCUCUGUCCAUGAACCCCUUGUCUGGAGCUUCGCUGGCCCUGUCAUCGUAGUCAUCAUGAUGAAUGGGACCAUGCUUCUCCUCGCUGCUCGCACAUCUUGCUCCACAGGGCAGAGGGAAGCCAAGAAGACCUCUGUGCUGACCCUUCGCAGCUCUUUUCUGCUACUUCUGCUGGUCAGUGCCUCCUGGCUCUUUGGCCUCCUGGCAGUCAACCACAGCAUCCUGGCCUUCCACUACCUCCAUGCUGGACUCUGUGGCCUCCAGGGCCUGGUAGUGCUGCUGCUCUUCUGUGUCCUGAAUGCUGAUGCUCGGGCUGCCUGGACACCAGCUUGCCUGGGCAGGAAGGCAGCCCCCGAGGAGGCGAGGCCAGCACCUGGGACGGGGCCUGGUACCUAUAACAACACGGCCCUCUUUGAGGAGAGUGGCCUCAUCCGCAUCACUCUUGGAGCCUCCACCGUCUCCUCAGUAAGCAGUGCCCGCUCUGGCCGGACCCAGGACCAGGACAGCCAGCGGGGCCGCAGCUACCUCAGGGACAAUGUCCUGGUUCGACAUGGCUCGGCUGCUGACCACACUGACCACAGCCUCCAGGCCCACACUGGCCCCACUGACCUGGAUGUGGCCAUGUUCCAUCGAGAUGCUGGUGUAGACUCUGACUCAGACAGUGACCUGUCUUUGGAGGAGGAAAGGAGUCUGUCCAUCCCGUCUUCAGAGAGUGAGGACAAUGGCCGAACGCGGGGGCGUUUCCAACGUCCACUCCGCCGGGCAGCCCAGAGUGAGAGGCUCCUCACUCACCCCAAAGAUGUGGAUGGCAAUGACCUCCUGUCCUAUUGGCCAGCGCUGGGAGAGUGUGAGGCAGCACCCUGUGCCCUGCAGACCUGGGGCUCCGAGAGGCGCCUGGGGCUAGACAGCAGCAAGGACGCAGCCAACAACAACCAGCCUGACCUAGCCCUGACUAGUGGGGAUGAAACCUCCCUGGGCCCAGCCCAGCGCCAGAGGAAAGGCAUUCUGAAGAAUCGGCUACAGUAUCCACUGGUUCCACAGACCCGAGGGAUCCCUGAGUUGUCCUGGUGCCGCGCAGCCACCUUGGGCCACCGUGCUGUGCCAGCUGCUUCCUAUGGCCGAAUCUAUGCUGGUGGAGGCACAGGUAGCCUUUCACAGCCAGCUAGCCGCUACUCCUCCCGAGAACAGCUAGAUCUGCUCCUCCGGCGACAACUCAGCAGGGAGCGACUGGAGGAGGCCCCUGCCCCAACUCUGCAUCCUCUGAGCCGACCAGGUUCCCAGGAACGCCUGGAUGCUGCGCCAGGCCGCCUGGAGCCCAGGGAUCGGGGCAGCACUCUGCCACGGAGACAGCCACCUCGGGACUACCCUGGUGCCAGAGCUGGCCGCUUCGGGUCUCGGGAUGCCCUGGACCUAGGAGCACCUCGCGAGUGGUUGAACACACUGCCCCCACCCCGUGGUGCCCUGGACACUGACCUACAGCCCCCACCUCUGCCCUUGUCUCCCCAGCGACAACUCUCAAGGGACCCCCUCUUGCCAUCUCGGCCCCUGGACUCUCUGUCCAGGAAGUCGAACUCACGGGAGCAGGUGGACCAGGUGCCUAGCCGGCACCCCUCACGGGAAGCUCUUGGGCCACCCCCACAGCUGCUCCGAGCAAGGGAGGACCCAGCCUCUGGACCCAGCCAUGGCCCCUCCACAGAGCAGUUGGACAUUCUCUCCUCCAUCCUUGCCUCCUUCAACUCUUCGGCCCUCUCCUCCUCUGUGCAGUCCUCAAGCACGCCUUCUGGCCCCCACACCACUGCUACGCCUUCUGCUACCGCCUCUGCUCUUGGACCCUCUACACCACGCUCUGCUACAUCCCACAGCAUCUCAGAGCUGUCACCGGACUCAGAAAUUCCCAGAAGUGAGGGUCACUCCUGAGGAGCAGAUGGUGCAAAUGAAGAAGAGCCAAGGGUGAUGCAGGAUUUGGGCUGAUGGAAGAGACUCUACGGGGCCAGGGGCUGAUCCCCAGACAGUGCCCUGCCCCCCAGCUCUCCCAAUAGCCGGAGGGCUGAGGGGCCAUGCGCAUCUGUGAGCAUGCGUGUGACAGGUGCAGGCAGUGGGGAGCAGAAAGGAGGACUUUUAUACGUUUUGUACCUUUGUAACCAGAGAGAUAUGCUUGUUAUUUUUCAGCUUUUCUGUCCCCCCUGGGGGUCUGAGGCUGGGCUGGUGGAGGGGAGACAGAGGGAGAGAGGUACAGAGCUUGGCCCUAUUUGGGUCCCUGGUGAAUCAUGCACCCUUUUCUCUCAUCCACCGGGGUGGAAUCAGACAGCAGGGACAGGUGUCCACCCUCCCCCGGUUCAUUUGAAUAUUGUCAGGGCCCAAUUGUGCAGAACUGAUCUUUCCUUUUUCUCGAAUGUCCCAAGGGCCAAACUAGGGGACUGGAGAUUGUUCUUGGAGGUGGAAUCCUCUGACCUCCUCACAGAGGCUCUCUUGGGCACCUCUCCCUGUGGAUGUGUGUGUUUAUUACAUGGAGUCUCUGCCACUUACUGCCUUAUGACCUAGGACUGAUGCUGUGGGGUGCUGGUGAAGCAGCAGAGGUCGUGUUUACAGAGCAAGGUUCCCUUCCUCCCACGGGGAGGGGCUCAGGCCUCUAUUAAGACAUUCCUACAGAGGGUAGGUAGACUGCCUGCCCCUGCCCCUGCCGUGAGCAAAAAUUGUCUGUGGUACCAUUUCAUUCCCUAACACUGCCCCCUGCUAGAAUUUAUUCUGAGGGGGUAGGGUGGGAAGGAGAGCAAAGGGAGCAGAAACAAGGGAAUUCAGGACUCAGAAUGUAGGUGCUACCGCCUCCCUUGUUUACAGGAACCUCCCUGGCCCCAGGCACCCGGGCUGGCGGAAGUGACUCAAUUCUACCCCUCCUUUCUUCCCUUAAAAGGGAGAAAGUGACUGUUAGAACCCUGUUAACAAAACUCUCUUUUGUUACUCUGAUGUCCAGAAUUGGGGACUUUUGAAUUUUGUUACUUUGUUUACAGGUCAAGAUAUAAAAUUUUUUUAAAAAUUUUGUUUACAACUUAAAACUCUGAACUUUUACACUUUGUUUACAGUUGAGAAUGUUUUUUCCUUUGUUUACAAGUGAAAGGUCAGGAAAGUGGGAGAGGGGGUUAGAGGAGCCACCUGUGAGGACCCUGGACCUGGCCAUCUCAAGGGGGCAUCUAAACCUCAGCUCCCUCUGGUGAAAGGUCAGCCCUGAGUACCCUGUCAAAACAGCAGACCCGGAAGGCCUGGAGAGUGGGUGUUCUCUUAUCACUGGAAACGGUGGUACACGGUUGGGGCACGGUCUGUGCAGACACCCCACACAGGUGACUACUCUUGGGAGGCAGUUUCUGAAGAGAUUAGAAGUUCCACUUCCCUGACUGGUGCCAAAUCUCACCAGCCAUGAUUCCAGCUCUCCUUACCCAGAAUGACCCCAGUGCUCGAAGGCCUGAGGGGCCUGCUGAGGGGUGGAGAGAGAGUGUGUUUGCUAUGUCCUAGGUUCUGUAGAUGGCCCUCUCUGGGGGUCUCCCCCCUCUCCAGCUCAGCGGCCUCCUUCCCUGUCUGUGUAAAUUGUUCCGUGAAGCCGCGCUCUGUUUUGGGAAUAAACUUCUAUAGAAAACA